GUUACCGCGUGGUCCCCAUUGACGGUUCAGUCUACGGCCGUCCACGGUUGAUGCGAUCCUUCGCGCCGGACCUAUCGGGAAUGCGAUUUCGCGGGCAUCGGUGACCUCGGGCGCGAUUAUGCUCUCACGUUUUCAUGCGAUAUUCAUCGUGUGUAUCAUUACGGUAACUGGAGCAUCGUUUCCGCCGGCGGGAAGAUGGUGCUCUAUCUGGUGCACGCCGUAUAGCGUCGGCGUGCUGCUCUCCUUGCCGGAGAUCGCACAUCAGUGGUCAAUCCCGGGUUUCUGGUCGAGUCGCGCAACGAACAAAUUCCCGCUCAACGAGCUUCUCGUCAAACCAGACGAAACUCGAUUUUCCAGGGUGCUGAACUUCUUUCCAGUUCCGGUUGCGGAAGAGUGCCUGUCCGAAGACAAACGACGCGAGGGAGUAUGCAUGAACACAUACGAGUGUCGUAUCCAAGGCGGUGAAUCCCACGGUCCGUGCGCACUCGGACUCGGCGUGUGCUGCAUAUUCACGGCAAGCUGCGACAAUGAGGUACAAAAUAAUCUGACCUACGUGACCAGUCCUGGUUUUCCCAACCUCAUCGACCGGCCUAUGAACUGCUCGGUGGUCGUGCGGAAGAUCGAUACGGAGGUCAGCCAGCUGAGGAUCGACUUUGUCCAUUUCAACAUUGGUCAACCGAACGCGAUGACUGGCGUGUGCGACGGGGACGUCAUGGUGAUUAACAACGGCAGGACGACUUUCGAGCUGUGUGGGUGGAAUAGCGGACAGCACGUGUAUGUGGACGUGAGCGAAGGCAACGAACCAAUAACUUUGAACUUCCGGCUGCCGGGCGGACUGCAGUCACGAAUGUGGGAGAUGCGCGUGGCGCAGCUGGGCUUCGAGCAACGCGCGCCCGUUGGCUGUCUUCAAUACUUUCGCACGAUCAACGGCACGCUAAGAACAUUCAAUUAUCUGCCGAACGGCAGAUAUCUUGCGGGACACGAUUACCUAUUGUGCGUGCGUCAGGAACGGGACAUGUGCGGCAUCGCUUAUCAGCCCUGCACGCGAGACUCUUUUCGGUUGGGACCCAAUAGGUUGCCAGAAUCGUCGAGCCCGAGUACGAACGCGACAACGAACGCCGGAAACGUCUCGGCUGUCAAUAUGACGGCUUCUGGCGCAGCGCAGAACAGUUCCGACGUCGACGUUGUCGAAGGCUCGGGAGCGGGAUCGCCUGAACAGGAAAUAAUCUCCGCUUACGACGCGACGAAUCCGGCGCUUCCUUUUCAGAGGCAGUGCAGAGACAGGAUUCUCAUUCCUUGCGACUUCGAGGAAUUUAUCACACCGGGAAAUAACAUGGCAGGCAUCUGCAAUCUGGAGCAUUGCGGCAAUUCGCUGUGCACUCAAAACGAACUUGAUGCGGAGGGUAACUGCCGAGUGGAAACUUGGACUACACCCUUCCGCAUAAGGGUGGCAUUCGGUCGGAGCGGUAACACGAGCGGCACAUUGGAAGACAAUACCGGAAUGUGUAUCACGUAUCAGCAGUUAGCCUGCGUGGCCUGAAUAUCCACGCGCGUUCAAGAAAGAAAUUAAAAAGAAUGUUAUUCUUAGAAUAUCUAAUAACAAAAAAUAUUUAUUGAUCGCGUAAAACGUAUAUAUACAUAUAUUUUUUUAAGAUUUUGUUCGUUACGUUUGUUGUUUGCUUGUACCAAAUAUAUUUAUUUAUCUCACUGUUUUAAGCGCCUUUGAUACUUAAAACAGAAUUCUGCAACAACAUGAUGGAAAAAUAUUCUCGAAAUAAAACUUGAUGUAAAAAUUAAUUAGAGAACGGAGGUGGGAGGGGGAGGGAAGGAAGAAAAACGAAUAUACCGCGGAACGUCAAAGAGUCAAAUAGUUUUUAUUUACAAAUGAACUAGCUUAAAUCGUAAACGCAGCGCACAACUCUCGAUACAGUGAUAGAUAUAUAUAUAAUUCGCCUUUGUGUCCCGCUUCUUUUAUUUUCUGACGCGAUCGCUCGUCACGACCGUCGGCCGCGAUCGUCGACGCAGCGUGUGGAAUUUUGUAAUUUAUGGGAGAGAACGGAGAGACGCGCGUUGAUGUCUUCGUUUCGUCGUUCGACGUUGGAAUUAGCGGCGAGACGCGUGUGACGAUGAAUUUUUUUUUCUUUUUCGCUGCGGAAGACGCGAAUCGACGAUCGUAACGGCGACCGUCAGCGAUAACGAUAUUAUAUAAUGACGUUACAAGAAUAAAUUAUAAUGUUCGGUACAAUAUAAUAUAAUGUAUCGACGAUGAUGACAACAUCGCCUCGAAAUUGCUCUUCUAAAGAAGAAACAUGCGCACGCCGUUUUGUCUCUUGUGUGAAUAUGUGUGUGUGUGUGUGUGUAUGUGUGUGUGUAAGUGAUUGCGUUAAGUCUUUCUCUUAUAAUUAGCUUACUUCGCAUAAGUAUUUAUAUGUGUAUAAUAAUCAUGAACUUGUAAUAUAAUGGCAACGUUUAAAAAUAACAAGGACUAGAGCGAUAAUUUAUAAAUGGAGACAAAAAACUCGACGACGAAACAGGUGAAUUCUGCGGGUUUUGUUUACCUUAUCAGCCUCGUCGAUCACACGUCGUACAUCGAAUUCGAAAUCAUCGUAUCGCAUUUCUAUCUACGUAAAGUCAAAAGGCUCUGGAGUAAAGCGUUUUUAAAGAGAGGGGGUAAACGCGCGCGCAACGAACGUGUAUGCAAAUUGUGUACGUGAUUACGCGUGUUCUCCGAUCACUGCGGUGCGAGGGGGCACGUUUCUGUUCUAAAUACUCUACUCGAUACAAUCACGGAGGAUGUAUCCGCGGAGCGUUUAAUCCGUUGGAGUUCUGAGGCCACAGUUGGAUGAAUCGAUCGCGCAUAAAAGAAACAAAACCAAUUUAAUACAUAUGUAAUUAAUUUUUUCUAACAGUCAAUUUCUCUCAAAUGUCAAUCGCGUGUAAAAUAAAAUCGAAAGAUGUACGAAAAAACAAAAAAAUGUCACGAUUCCAAAAUGUCAAAGUCGUUCGACGGAUUUGUUCUCGAGCGGAUUAAACACCCCGCCGCUUCCGAUUGUGGCUACGGUGUUCCCGAAAAACUGUUCGGACGUUCGUCGUUGUAUUUACAUCGUCGUCUCGAGCGAUAUAUAACAUCACCACGUACCGGUGUAAGUAGUGAGACGGAACGUCUCAAGAAAGAUCGAAUUGGAACAAAGCAAAGUUUUUCAAAGCGAAGAAAAGUAACAGUACGCGGAGAAACGAAAACACACACCUCCGACACACAGUGAGUGAAAAAGUAAAGAAGUAAGUUGAAGUAGCCAAACUCGCGCUCUCUCUCUCUCUCUUUCUCUCUGCAAACUCGAGCUUGAAAUUUCUCUCAAAGUUUUUGUCAAAUAUUCCGAAACUGAGAGACAGAUAAAGUUUCGUAUAAGCGACACUCAAUAAAAACACUGACGGAUAUAUAUAUUGUUUUCAAACGAUUUAAAAUAUCCGAUAAAGAAUUCAAGAUUCGCUCGAGUUUUUUUAACGCAUUUUCGGAUAUUUCUUCAAUGCGAAAAAAAAAGAAAAAAACGAACGAACGCACAUCUCUCGCACGAGUCCGAUAUUCUCGCGGAGAGAGAAUUAUCUAGUAA